AACUCACUGGAUAUGCAGAUUGUUAUGUGCCUCGACAAUACAUUAAGAAGUUUUCGAAGGAUCCAGGAGCAACGCUUUGAAUUAAGCGGAAUCGAGCCGUUUCUUCAGCAGUGCAGAAGUGAAGUGAUCGUAGAACGGCACGGAAAAUGAGCCGACAGGCUAACAGGUACCAUGGGCUGAUAAACCAAGGAUCCACAUGUUACUUGAACAGUGUGCUGCAGGUGCUGUUCAUGACCGAAGACUUCAGAGAUGCUGUGACAAGGAACUCUGAAGAAAAUCCUCACACUGAGUUUCUUGAUCAUCAUCUGAAAGCCUUAUUUGAUGACUUACAUAACUAUAGAGCAUACACAUAUGAAAUAACACAGAAGCUGGGCAUCGACAAUGUGUAUGAACAGCGUGAUGCUGCAGAGUACUUUGAGAGGGUUUUAAGAAUGACCAGCACUGAUGCAUCAAAGAUCUUCCACGGUCAGUUAGCAAACAAGACCACCUGCUCUAAAGGACAUAUACAGACUGACGGAGAUGCACCGUUUUGGCAUCUUCCUCUUUCACUGGUGGAUUACUGCAGUAAAGACUACAGUGUGCUGAUUUUACAUAACAUUUUUCAGGUGAAGGGCAUUGAAGAGUUUUUUAAACCUUCAGAUUUCUGUGGAGAGAAUCAAAUGUACUGUGAGCAGUGUGAUGACAAAGUUGAUGCUACUAUGACAGAUGUAAUUAAGCAUCAUCCAGAUGUUUUGUGUCUAAUGCUGAAGAGGUUUGAGUUCAACUAUAAUUACAUGUCAUAUGUCAAAAUCACCUGUUCAGUGGAGGUUCCCUACACCCUGCAGAUACCAGAGAAUCAGACAUAUGAACUGUAUGCAUUUGUGGAUCAUUUUGGUGAUCUGAGAGGAGGACAUUACAGUGCAACAAUCAAGAUCCAGGAGGAAGAUGGAGACAGAUGGUAUCAGUUUGAUGAUUCCAGGGUCACAAAGGUAAGACUGAUCACUUAUACAUUGUCCCAGACUGCAUAUCUUCUGUUUUACAGGAAAAAGAAAGAUAUUGGUACUCCAGAGUCCACAGAUGUGUCCACCAGUGAACUACAUACCAUCAAUAAUGAAGAUCAGAGACAAGAUGGGAAAAAUGAGAGAAAGAGAAGGAGAGAAGGGGAGGAGACAGACACCGAGAAUGAUCCAAAGCUUAAUUAUCAGCUGGUCCAGAUGGACAACACUGAGAAAGCCGACACUCAACUUCUAGAAAAUGUCAAGAGUCAUAAGAAUGCAGAUCAAGCUAACCUGGAAGUCAAGGACAACCCUGCUGUACAUGGUCAUCUUAACAAACAAGAUGUGAUGAAUGAUGGACAGAAGGAACUGAUGGACUUCAGACCAGAGACGGAUAAACAGACUGACAACAAAUGGGUGUCCCUGACAGCAGACCAUAAAAGCAACACAGAUUAUCAGGGUAGUGAAGGAUCAGGCGAUUCUAGAAAGAAUACUGGAGAAUAUGGGGGAGGUAGACAAAAUAUUGGAAAUGAUUACAGCUCUAAAUCUAUAAGUGUCGAAGCUGAUAAAGUAACGACAGGACAAAGAAACCUGUUAACUAGAUAUGACCUCUUUCAUGGAUCUCAGGACACCCAAACAGGCAGUGACAGAAUACAAAUCAUACCCAAAGAUAAUCAGAUGAGUGAACAGAGGCGCAUUAGCAGGUUUCUUAAUGAACCAAUAGAAGAAGAAGAGAUGAUGGGUGAAGCCAGUGAUCAUGAUGUUAAACAUUCAGCACAUAAAGAUGUUUGUGUGGAAACACAGAGGAGGAGUGUGAGGGAUGACGGGGAGGACACGAAAGAAGCUGAUAAAUACAUUCAAAUGAGUGAAAUCACCAUUGAAAAUCCUGACAACAGUGAGGCUGUAAAGCAUGAGGUUAGCAUGAGAUUAGAUGUUAGAGGGCAGAAAGCAGCUGAGAAGAUUAUCAGUGUUACCCGUACAUCACAAAGUGUUGGUGGUGUGCAGAUACAGAGCAAAGAACAGAAAAAUGAACAUGACACCAAACUGAAUCAGAGUGAGGGAAAUAAGAUAACAAAGGAAAGACUAACAGAGAAGCAGGAAGGAGGUAGUGAUGAAAAUAUAGAACUGGAGCGUUUUCAACCAAAAGCAAGAGCUGGAACUCAGCAACUUACAGAAGGAGGGCGUGGUUUAACGAAGACGAGUCUUCUUGUUAAAGUAAUUGACGAAGAACAUACAGAAAUUGAUAGUGCUUGUAAAGACGACAGUCAGACAAAGAUCAUCAUAAAGAAAACUACGGAUGAAACCACAAAAGAGAUGACAAAAUGGAUAGAGAGUCAAAGAAAUAUUAGAAGAAGUUUAAAUCUUUACAUAGAUGAGAAGGUCACUUUGGACAGCAAAUGUGGGACAGGCCCGGAUGGAAGGAUAAGCAUCGACCCCCUGAACCUGAGGAAGGGCGGUAGGCUUGCAGUUCUUGAGAAGUUCAAGGUCGUGAUUGAUGCAUCCAUCGUUGUCACAGUGGCCAGAGCGUGGAGCGCUGCCUUUCCAUGGCUUCAAACACUGCCAGCAGAACUGGCACACUUUCUUCUUGUCAGCAGUGCAGAUAGUGCACUGAACAUUAAGCACUGUGAGUGGGCCAAAUGGGCCACCACCAGCGGAGACGAGCUGGUGGUGACCGGGCUUCCGUAG